CGCUCUGUUCUGUUCGGCCGUUGUUCUCGAUACGGCUUGUUUCCCCACCGCCGCUGCCGCCGCCGGCCACCAUGGACUGGAUAUCGGCGCUGCAGGAGUCGGUGUCGUUCGAGAGGUUCCUAUCCGAGCCAGUCCAGUGGUAUACCAUGGCGCAUGUCUCGCUGGCACCGACGGCGAUUGGACAUGGCAGCUGUAGCAGUACAGGUCAAUUUGUCUGCAGGCUGCAGCAGGAUCUGCCUCCUCCAACUGCGAUGUUGCGUGCAUUAGCAGUUCUGGACCAAUCGGAGUUGUACGCCAUGAUUGCCCACGGAAUGCAACAGAUAUGGGAGGAGCCAAGCUCAUAUGGUGUGCAUUUGCGCCCACCAAUGGAUGUGUACAUGGCGCAAACUCAACGGCUCGCGGCUCUCAAGUUUAGUUAGUUGUUAGUCUGCUGAUAAGCCACGACAAACUUUAGUGGUUUGUUCUAGUAUUGGGAAUUGUCAUGGUUAGUUUUGGAUCUAAUUCUGUAAUUGUGCUCAGACUGUAGCUCAUCUUGUAGUAGCUGAAUCUGUAACUAGCCUUGGUGGCCAUGUAAUUCAGCUGGAUUUAGCAUGUUGUCGCCCUAG